GAUAUUGCUGACAUUUGGACAGAUCGACACCGAGAAGUGUUGCGACAUCAUCAGCGUGUACGAUUAUGAUGAAACCCCUUACAACCCACUUCUGGACAGGUUCAGUGGACAGAUUGCGGCCGGAGUCAAAGUGUUCACGUCGACUUUGAACCAGAUGGUCGUUGAAUUCUACACAGAUUCCCUCGAUCAGGGAUCGGGAUUCUCCGCUACUGCAGUUAAUGCUCCCUAA